CUUUAAUAUUUUUCGAAGGACUCUGAUAUACACACACGACAGCCGUAGGAAAAUCUCGAGAAAAGCCUUCUUCCUUGUCGCAUAUCGUUUCACUUCGAUCUCAGACCUCUCCCGCCAAACCCUUCCCAUGAACUCCGUCUCCUCCGCCUUCAGAUGCAAACUGCGCCUAUUUCCGGCAAAUUUUAAGUUAAUCUGCACCGCUUCUCUUGAUUCCAGGCAUUCUCCACACAACUUUCGUUGCAGAAAGCCUGCAGCGCUCACUGGAACAUCUAGGGUUAGGAUUAACAAUGCUGAGCUCAAGGAGAACUGGCUGGAUUCAUUUCCCUAUUUGUGAAAUGGGAAGGCUUCCCGUUGAGGAAACAGAACAGCUCGAGGGGGUUUCUAGCCCUAAGUGGGUCAUUGGGAUCGAUCCGGAUGUUUCAGGGGCUUUGGCUCUAGUGAAAGAAGAUUCUUCUGGUUGCACAGCUCAGGUGUUUGACACCCCCUACUUGCAAGUCUUGGUUGGAAAAAGAACUCGAAAGCGCAUAGAUGUGAGGUCUAUUGUCCAAUUGCUUCAUAGUAUUGGCGCUCCACCUGGAACGAGAGCAUAUAUUGAGCAGUCAACUCCAUUUCCACAGGAUGGAAAACAGGGGUGGUGGAGUGGGGGAUUCACAUACGGAUUGUGGAUUGGGAUUCUUGUGGCUUCCGGCUUCUCAGUUGUUCCCAUAACUUCUCGUCUUUGGAAGGAUCAGUUCCAAAUUUUUGGGAGCUCCUAUAGCAAGGAUGAUAGCAGAAAAACAGCAUCUACUCUAUUUCCAUCAAUGAGCUCCUUCUUGAAGAGGAAGAAAGAUCAUGGUCGUGCUGAGGCUCUUCUCAUUGCUGCUUGCGGGAAGGGUCUAAAGCUGCAGUCGGAAGAUACAAUUUCUUCAGAUCAUGACUCCAAAUAAUUUCUGAAUUUAUGUAGAGGUGAGGGUGGUUUUUUAUCUUGAAGAUUUACAUACAUACCACUCAAUUCUUAUGUAUUUACACAGCUAACCUAAACUUCAGUUU